UUGACUUGGAAGAAAACAGGAACAGAAGGAAACAUUAAUCUGCCACAGUUUCUAUAAUUCUCUCCCUUUCCCUUUCUUGUCCGAGUAAGGAACCCAACAAAACGAGAAAAGAAAGCCAAAGACCCAAAAGACCAAAAACUAAUACUUCCCAGCGAAGAGAUUGUUAAUAUAUAAUACAAACAUUACUUCUCUCUCUCUCCCCAUCUCUCUUUUCACUUAGAUUCAAUCAAAUGAUUAUUUGCAGUCUGGUUGCGGAGAAACCCACGUAGGCCAUGUUAGAUUUAAGAAAUGGGGUGUGUCCUUGGUAGAGAGGUAGCCUCUGGCAUAGUUUCAGAGUCUAAAGAGGUAAAGGACCUGAGUGUUGAAUCCAGAAGAAAAUUAGACAAUGUUUCAGUGACUGAUGCUAGUAGUAUUGUUGAGAUUCAAAAUGAGGAAACUCAGAAGAAGAAAAUGGAGGGGGAUCAGAAACCUAGAGGAGAGAGAAGAAGGUAUAAGCCAAACCCUAGGUUGAGUAAUCCACCCAAGCAUUUGCAGGGUGAGCAGGUGGCAGCUGGAUGGCCACUGUGGCUAUCAGCAGUCUGUGGGGAGGCACUCAAUGGAUGGAUUCCACGUCAGGCAGACACAUUUGAGAAGAUAGAUAAGAUUGGAUCCGGAACAUAUAGCAAUGUGUACAAAGCUAGAGAUAUGCUAACGGGUAAAAUUGUUGCCCUAAAGAAGGUCCGAUUUGAUAACUUGGAACCUGAAAGUGUAAAGUUCAUGGCUAGAGAGAUCCUCAUUCUGCGGAGAUUGGAUCAUCUGAAUGUUGUAAAGUUGGAAGGCUUAGUUACAUCCAGGAUGUCAUGUAGUUUGUACCUGGUAUUUGAAUACAUGGAGCAUGAUCUAGCUGGACUUGCAGCUAGCCCAGGAGUAAAGUUCACAGAGUCACAGGUUAAAUGUUACAUGCGUCAACUAUUGUCUGGACUUGAACACUGCCACAAACGUGGUGUUCUUCAUCGUGACAUCAAAGGAUCAAAUCUUCUCAUUGACAAUGAAGGGAUACUUCGAAUUGCCGAUUUUGGAUUGGCGUCUUUUUUUGAUCCCAAUCACAAGCAUCCAAUGACUAGUCGGGUGGUUACGCUUUGGUAUAGACCUCCUGAGCUUCUUCUUGGGGCUACUGAUUAUGGCGUGGGCAUUGACCUUUGGAGUGCAGGUUGUAUACUAGCUGAGUUAUUAGCCAGAAAGCCAAUAAUGCCAGGUCGUAAUGAGGUAGAGCAACUACAUAAGAUAUACAAGCUAUGUGGUUCACCUUCAGAUGAGUAUUGGAAAACGUCAAAAUUGCCUAAUGCAACUCUAUUUAGACCUCGAGAGCCUUACAAAAGAUGCAUAAGAGAAACAUUUAAAGAUUUUCCACUGUCAUCACUUCCUCUCAUAGAAACUCUUCUUGCAUUUGAUCCAGCUGAACGUCAGACGGCGACAGCCGCUCUUAGAAGUGAAUUCUUCACAACAGAGCCUUAUGCCUGUGAGCCUUCUAGUCUUCCAAAAUACCCCCCAAGUAAGGAGAUGGAUGCGAAACGACGAGAUGAUGAAGCUCGAAGAUUAAGAGCUGCUGCAAAAGCCCAGGGUGAUAACACAAAGAAACUGCGGACACGUGAACGUGUUAGGCAAAUGCCUGCUCCAGAAGCCAGUGCAGAGAUUCAAUCUAAUAUUGAUAAAAGGCGGCUGAUUACGUAUGCAAAUGCAAAGAGCAAGAGUGAAAAAUUUCCUCCACCUCACCAGGACGGGGCACUUGGCUAUCCUAUAGGAUUAUCUCAGCACAUUGAUCCUGCAAUUGUUCCUGUUGAUGCACAUUAUAGCUCUACUUCACUCACCUACUCAAAAGAGCCAGUGCAGAUUUGGUCAGGUCCGUUGGUUGACCCAGCCGGGCUUGGUGCUCCUAGACGAAAGAAGAAUGCUGCAGGCGAUACAAGAGAAUCGUCAAAAACUUCAGUAGCAACCCGAAAAGGUAAAACUGGCGAUACUCAGUUUAAGGGAAAGAAAAUGCUGGCUUGAAGUUGGUGGAUUUGUUAGAACUGGCGAUUGCCUAUACAGCAGAAGACACACUGCCAUUUUAAGCAAGUGCUUGACUUCUUCACACAUGCAAGAUUUAUAAUUGAUUUGGUUAAAAAAAUGGAGUUGGGGGGUGAAAUCAAAAUUUCUACACUUAACGUUUUCCAUUAUUCAUCAUAGACAAUUUUUAGUUCUUUCUAUUGGGAUUGUGAGAAAAUUCCAUUGAUGUGUAUAUUUUAAUUACUUCUUUUCUUCUUAUAGUUUCUUGUGUUGAAAAGUGGAAUGAAAUCAAUCUCUUCAAGGAUAUACAUCCUUCUGUUUU